AUGGUCAGGCGUACAACUAUAUUUGGAAAUGUCAAGUCGAAAAAACUAAAUUUUGGGAGGGGACUUCCUUCCACUAUCGGAGGGCCAUCUUGUUCUGUUCCGCUAGUGCCAGAAGACCUGAAAUUUUCCUCCUUUUUGCCAGGGGCAUCUUCGUUGGAUUGAUCUUAUUGUCUUCAGCCGCACUUUUCGCUAGACGGAACCACGUGACCCGACAUCAUCUAGGGUUUUUUAUUUUGGGGGGAAUCUUCGCUACUGAGAUCCAUUGACACGUUUUCUACCGGGGACCUCUUUCCGAGACCCUUUUUGCACCAUAGGGAUUCUUACGUCAUCGGUUUUGAAGCCUUCCUCGCCGAUUUUAAAUUAGUUAGUCAAUAAGCAUUAAGGGAGAUCUCCUAGUUUGGCUGCCUUAAAUUUUUGUUGUUAGCCGUUAGUAGAUGUA